AUGUCCCAAUUACAAUACAAAGACAAAGUUGUCAUUGUCACCGGUGCUGGUGGUGGUUUAGGUAGACACUAUGCCAUUGAAUUCGCCAAGAGAGGUGCUAAAGUUGUUGUCAAUGAUUUAGGUGGAUCUCUUGAUGGUCAAGGUGUCAAUGCCAGAGCUGCAGAUGUCGUUGUUGAAGAAAUUAAGAAACAAGGUGGUGUUGCCGUUUCUGAUUACAAUAAUGUCCUUGAUGGAGAAAAAGUUGUUGAAACUGCUGUUAAGAACUUUGGUACUGUUCAUAUCAUUAUUAAUAAUGCUGGUAUCUUGAGAGAUGCUUCUUUUAAGAAGAUGACUGAAGCAAACUUUAAAUUAGUUGUUGAUGUUCAUUUAAAUGGUGCUCAAAGAUUAGUUAAAGCUGCUUGGCCAUUCUUCCAAAAACAAAACUUUGGUAGAAUUGUUAAUACUUCUUCUCCAGCUGGUUUAUAUGGUAACUUUGGUCAAGCUAACUAUGCUGCUGCCAAGUGUGCUUUAGUUGGUUUCUCAGAAGUUUUAGCUAAAGAAGGUGCACGUUAUAACAUUCGUUGUAAUGUCAUUGCUCCAGUUGCUAGAUCAAGAAUGACUGAAUCUAUCUUACCACCUCCAGUUUUAGAAAAAUUGGGUCCUGAAAAAGUUGCUCCAUUAGUUUUAUACUUAUCUCAUGAUUCUUCAGAAGUUUCUGGUAAAAUUUUUGAAGUUGCUGCUGGUUUCUAUGCUCAAAUUAGAUGGGAAAGAUCUGGUGGUAUUUUAUGUAAACCAGAUUCAACUUUUACUGCUGAAGUUGUUGCUAAACGUUUUGAAGAAAUUGUUGAUUUCAAUGAUGCUGGUAAACCAUCUUAUUUAAAGACUCAACAUCCAGAUAAGUUGAAUGAUUAUGCUACUUUAAUUAAUGCUGCUCAAAAAUUACCUGCAAAUGAUGCCACUGGUGCUCCUUCUGUUUCCCUUAAAGGCAAGGUUGUCUUAAUUACUGGUGCUGGUGCCGGUUUAGGUAGAGAAUAUGCCAAGUGGUUUGCUCGCUAUGGUGCCAAGGUUGUCGUUAACGAUUUCAAGGAUGCCUCUAAGACUGUUGAAGAAAUUAAGGCUGCUGGUGGUGAAGCUCAUGUUGAUCAUCAUGAUGUUGCUACUCAAGCUAAAGAAAUCAUUGACAAUGUUGUUGCCAAAUAUGGUACUCUUGAUAUUCUUGUUAACAAUGCUGGUAUUUUAAGAGAUCGUUCAUUCCCAAAGAUGACUCCACAAGAAUGGGAUUCUGUUCAACAAGUUCAUUUAAUGGGUACUGCCAACUUAUGUCGUUUAGCAUGGCCAAUCUUUAAUGAUAAGAAGUAUGGUAGAAUUAUUAACAUUUCUUCUACUUCUGGUAUUUAUGGUAACUUUGGUCAAGCCAAUUAUGCUGCUGCUAAGUGUGCUAUUGUCGGUUUCACUAGAACUUUAGCUAUUGAAGGUGCUAAGAACAAUAUUAAAUGUAAUAUUGUUGCUCCACAUGCUGAAACUGCCAUGACUUUAACCAUUUUCCGUGAUGAAGAUAAGAACUUGUACCAUGCUGAUCAAGUUGCUCCAUUAUUAGUUUUCUUGGGUUCUGAAAAUGUUCCAGUUACUGGUGAAAUCUUUGAAGUUGGUGGUGGUUGGAUUGGUAACACCCGUUGGCAAAGAGCUAAGGGUGCAGUCUGUAAAGCUGCUGUCACUACUCCUGAAUUUGUUAGAGACAACUUGGCUGCUAUCACUGAUUUCUCAUCUGGUGUUGAACAUCCACGUACUGCUGCCGAAUCUUCUAUGGCUAUCUUGGCUGCUGUUGGUGAUGAUGACAAUGAUGACGAAGAAGAAGAAGAGGAAGUAGAAGAUGAAGAAGAUCCAGUUUGGAGAUUCAAUGAUCGUGAUGUUAUCUUGUAUAACAUUUCUCUUGGUGCCACUACUAAACAAUUACAAUAUGUUUAUGAAAAUCAUGAAGAUUUCCAAGUUAUUCCAACUUUUGGUCAUUUGAUUACUUUCAACUCUGGUCAAUCUCAAAAUUCUUUUGCCAGAUUAUUAAAGAACUUCAAGCCAAUGAUGUUGUUACAUGGUGAACACUAUAUCAAGGUCCACAAAUGGCCACCUCCAACUGAAGGUGCCCUCAAGACUACCUUCCAACCACUUUCUGUUACUCAAAAGGGUACCAACACCAUUGUUGUCCAUGGAUCCCAAUCUGUUGAUAUCAAUACCAAGGAAGUUAUUUAUUCCAAUGAAGCCACUUAUUUCAUUAGACAAUGUCAAGGUGAAACUAAAGUCUAUGGUGAUAGAAGAUCAUUUGCCACUAAUCAAUUUGUUGCUCCAAACCGUGCUCCAGAUUAUCAAGUUGAAGUUCAAAUCAAUGAACAUUUGGCUGCUCUUUAUAGAUUAAAUGGUGAUAGAAACCCAUUACAUUUAGAUCCAGAAUUUGCUAAGGGUGCUAAUUUCCCUAAACCAAUUUUACAUGGUAUGUGUACUUAUGGUCUUUCUGCUAAGGUUUUAAUUGAUCAAUUUGGUAUGUUUGAUGAAAUUAAGGGUAGAUUUACUGGUAUUGUUUAUCCUGGUGAAACUUUGAGAGUUUUGGCUUGGAGAGAAGGUGAUAUUGUUAAAUUCCAAACUCAUGUUGUUGAAAGAGGUACUAUUGCUAUUAACAAUGCUGCUAUUAAGUUGAUUGGUAACAAAUCUAAGAUUUAG